AUGGCCAUCGACUACGAAGCCAUCCUCCGCGGGAAAUACCCCGCUAAACUGCACGCCCAGCGCGUCGUGCAGUACAUCCGCUCCAAGGUACCUGAUGCCAAUGGCAUCCUGUAUCUCGAGGGCCGGCACACCAAGCUGCUUGAGGACAGUGACAUGCCCGAGCCUUUCCGCCAGCGGAGGCCGUUUUUCUAUCUCACUGGGUGCAGUCUGCCCGAUUCAUAUGUCAUUCACGACAUUGAGACAGAAAAGACGACACUCUUCAUUCCGCCGAUCGAUCCUGACGAUGUGAUUUGGUCGGGUCUGCCGAUGAGCGUGGAGGAGGCGAAGGAGAAGUAUGACGUCGAUGAAGUGAAGUAUUCGAACGAGCUGAACGCGACGCUGGCGUGCAUUGGAAACGAGAAAGCUUCCGUCUCGUCCAACGCGACGGUGUUUGCCAUCGCGGGGCAGGUAUCGGAGAAGGUCUCGUUCCUUAACUUCCCCAAUACCAACUUUGAUCUUCUCAAAGAAGCAAUUGGCUACACGAGGGUGAUCAAAGACGAGUAUGAGCUGGCCCUCAUCGCCAAAGCGAACGCCAUCACUGCGGCCGCGCACCACGCCGUCAUGAAGCAGGUCAAGAACGCUACCAACGAGCGCGAGCUUGAGGCGCUCUUCUUGAAGGAGUGCAUCAAGGCUGGCGCGAAGAAGCAAGCGUACGAUGGAAUCUUUGCCGCUGGUACCGCGGCUGCUACCCUGCACUAUGUGAAGAACGAUGAGCCGCUGGGAGGGAAGCAGUUGCUUCUCGUGGACGCCGGGUGUGAGUGGGAGUGCUACGCAUCGGAUAUCACCCGCGCGUUCCCGAUCAACGGCAAGUUUACCCCGGAGGCGAGGGCCAUCUACGAUAUUGUGCUGCGCAUGCAAACGGAGUGCAUUGCGGCACUGAAGGAGGGUGUUGUAUGGGAUGAUGUACAUGUGCUGGCGCACAAGAUCGCGAUUGAAGGGUUGUCGGAGCUGGGGAUUCUAAAGGGGGAUAAAGACGAGAUUUUGGCGGCUAGGACGAGCGUCGCUUUCUACCCGCAUGGGCUUGGGCACUAUCUGGGUUUGGAUACGCAUGACACUGGCGGAAACCCGAAUUACAACGAUCCGGAUCCAUUUUUCAGGUAUUUGAGGGUAAGGGGGAAGCUGCCGGCAGGUGCUGUGAUUACGGUCGAGCCCGGGAUUUACUUCUGCAGGUUCAUUAUCGAACCGUAUCUAAAGGAUGAGAAACAUGCGAAGUUUAUUGAUGCGGAAGUGUUGGAGAGAUAUUGGGCUGUUGGUGGCGUCAGGAUUGAGGACAACAUUCUCAUCACCAAGGACGGCUCGAAGAACCUGAGCUGCACUAUUAAAGAUCCGGAGGAGCUCGAAAAGAUUGUCGUCAGUAGCUAG